CAUUGUCUAUCCAUUCAUCUCAAUUUUUUUUUUUUUUUAGUUUUCUUCAGAGAGAGAGAGAGAGAAAGAGAGAAGCAGAAGAAGUUCUCUGGAAUAAUCGGCUCUGUUUGUCUCAAGGUUUUCUUGAUUCAACUUCAGAAGAUCUUUCAUACCACAGCAGAAAUUUGAGCUGGUGAGAGUGAAGAAAGAUGGGUUACAUGUGCGACUUCUGUGGGGAACAAAGAUCAAUGGUGUAUUGUCGAUCCGAUGCAGCGUGUCUCUGCCUCUCCUGUGACCGGAGUGUUCAUUCCGCUAAUGCAUUGUCCAAACGACAUUCUAGGACACUUGUCUGCGAGAGAUGUAAUGCUCAGCCUGCAACAGUGAGGUGUGUUGAAGAAAGGGUUUCACUUUGUCAAAACUGUGAUUGGUCUGGCCACAACAACAACAACAAUUCUUCUUCUUCUUCUUCUUCUCCGUCUCAAAAUCAUAAGAAGCAAACCAUAAGUUGCUAUUCUGGUUGUCCUUCAAGCUCGGAGCUCGCCUCUAUCUGGUCUUUUUGUUUGGACUUAGCCGGACAAUCCGUUUGUGAACAAGAAAUGGGUAUGAUGAAUAUAGACGACGAUGGUCAGACCAAUCAAAACUGUAAUGAGGAUAAGAAAGAUGUCGUCGUUGGCUCCUCUUCAAAGCCUGAAACCAGUUCUGCUGCACAAGGAAAUUCAUCAUUUACUAAGGAUGUUGGAGUGUGUGAAGAUGACUUUUAUGGGAACCUUGGUAUGGAUGAAGUUGACUUGGCACUUGAGAACUAUGAAGAGCUCUUUGGGACAGCCUUUAAUCCCUCGGGAGAGCUCUUUGGACAAAGUGGAAUCGAUAGUCUUUUCCAGAAGCAUCAAGCAGCUCCUCCUGAUGGAGGGAAUUCGGUGCAGCCUGCUGGGAGCAAUGACUCGUUCAUGAGUUCGAAAACCGAGCCAAUAAUUUGCUUCACAUCGAAGCCAGCACACUCAAACAUAUCUUUCUCUGGAGUCACCGGAGAAAGCAGUGCUGGAGAUUUCCAAGAAUGUGGUGCGUCAUCUUCGAUGCAGCUCUCUGGCGAGCCACCAUGGUAUCCUCAAACAUCACAGGAUAAUAAUGCUUGUUCACAUUCAGUAACCCGUAAUAACGCGGUUAUGCGUUACAAGGAAAAGAAGAAGGCUCGCAAGUUUGAUAAGAGAGUGAGGUAUGCUUCUCGCAAAGCAAGAGCUGAUGUGAGACGGCGUGUAAAGGGGAGAUUUGUCAAAGCUGGUGAAGCUUAUGACUACGACCCACUCACCCCAACCAGAAGCUAUUGAAGGUGAACAAAGUAGAUACACAUGGAGGAAAAUCGAAACAAGAAAGGUUUUUUGACUCAUGGAGAGAGUUCUCAAGUCAGAAACUUGGAAAUUGUGGGUUAGCAACAAAACAAGAGUAGUCUGGUUUGAAAAGAACCUAAACUGAUUAUUGUAAGCAAUCAUUCAUUCUUGUUCAGAGGGAUCGUACUCUGACAUAAAAAAGAAGAAGAAGAUAUUAUCAAACUUGGGUCUCUGCUGCUUCAGGGCGUUACACGGAUCAGGGUUCCAUGGAUUUUGUUCUUCUCUUGGUAGUUAAAAAAGCAGGGAGAUUUAGGGUUAAAAUUAAACAAUAUGAUUGUAUAUGCCUUUCCAUUUGUAUGUAUGCUCCAUAAAUGUUUCUCUAUUUUGCACUCGGCGUUCAUGGAAAUUAAAGACAGUAUCCAGAUUUUAUCAGACAAA